AUGAGUGAUUACGACCAUUUAGCGGAGCAGUUAAGGCAUCCUGAUAAUCCCGUAGUAUUCAUGGAAAUGACUGCUGGUGGUGCACCCAUAGGAACAAUCAAAAUGGAAUUAUUUGCAGAUGUCUGCCCUAAAACAGCCGAAAACUUCAGACAAUUUUGCACUGGCGAAUAUCGCAGAGAUGGUGUUCCGGUUGGUUAUAAAAAUGCCCAAUUUCAUAGAGUGAUCAAAGAUUUUAUGAUUCAGGGAGGUGACUUUGUCAAUGGUGAUGGUACUGGCAUGACAAGUAUAUAUGGAUCGAAAUUCAGGGACGAAAAUUUUGAUUUGGAGCAUUCAGGACCGGGAAUUUUGUCAAUGGCGAAUGCCGGACCAGAUACAAAUGGUUGUCAGUUUUUCAUAACUUGUGCGAAGUGUGAUUUUCUUGAUAAGAAGCAUGUCGUUUUUGGAAGAGUAUUGGAUGGUUUAUUAACAGUGAGGAAAAUCGAAAACGUUCCAACAGGUCAAAAUAACAAACCGAAAAUUCCUAUUGUUAUUACGCAGUGUGGACAGUUGUAG